AUGUGCUUCGGUAUCAGUAGGCCGUGACAUUUCGCGAGGGAUGCCUCGCGUGCCAUACCAUCAUGGUAUGGAAUUCGCUAACUUCAAAAAUCACUAUACGAGUCUGCAGAGGCUAGCGUUGGAGCCGCAAUUUUUUCACCUCCAGCAACAUUUCUUCAAGUUCACAGAACCCCUCGAACUCACCACUGCUAUUCCUCUGGAUCUUAGUGUCAAGCAUCAACACAAUCAAUCACCAAUUACUCCACCUUGCACUCCAUCUCCUGGUAGCAAAAGAAGUCAUCAAUCACCGACACCAGAGCCACCGUUCAAGAAAUCGAAAAUAACUCCAGCUUCAGCUAAGAAAGUCAAAGCUAUCAGAAAGCUUAAUUUCGAAGAAGACAACACUUCUCCAGUUUCAGGAACUAUAAUUCGGGAAUUACGGCCUGAUGAGAACCUAGUGGUAAGAAAAGGCGACAUAGAUCCAGCAUUUAACGUUGUUGAAAUCACAGAAGAGGCCAAAGCUGAGUUAGCCAAGAUUGAAAACUUAAUAGGAGAUUAUGUGUGUAGGCUGUGCAGAGAAUUGUACGAAGAUGCCUUUGGAUUGGCGCAGCACAGAUGUUCUAGAAUCGUUAAUAUCGAAUACAGAUGUCCUGAGUGUGAUAAAGUUUUUAAUUGCCCUGCUAAUCUGGCUUCACAUAGAAGGUGGCACAGGCCUCGGCAAACGAAGGACGCCAAACUGGAGGAUCACGGAGAAGGCGAAUCGGAAUCAGACGAACAAUUUCAAUGUUCCGAAUGCGGCAAACGCUUCCGCAGAAUCGCUUACCUAAAGAAGCACCAGUCGAUGCACCAGCUUGAAUGACACCGGCUUGUCCCUGUAAUCAGACCCAUCCCUAGGAUGCCGCCCCGCCUCUGGCGGCCACCGCCUUUGCCGCCUCCAGGGCCGAUCUGUAGCAAUCCCGAGACGUCCGUCGUUUCGUCUUCCUACGACGCCAACGUCUCCGGCGUCGAAAGGUAUCUGCAAAACGUCUCGUGGAUCAACAAUUUCUGACACCAAACCAGGGUCAACAAUGUAUAUAUGUUUCUAUAGAUAUUGGUAAGUACGUACUUUGGAGUUAUUUGUGAAUCUUGGGAUAUUUAAACGAGUUUGAAAAUUUAGACACGAUUUUUUCUUUCAGUGUAUAUACACAGUGGCGCACCCAGGGGGGUUUGGGUUAAAACCUCUCCCAGGGCAUAUAAAAAAGAUAUAUAAAGAAUAGUAGUAGGAGUAGGCGAGGAAAUAAAGCACCAAAAUCGCCUAAACCUCUAACUUUUUUAGAGUAAGACGGAUCGUUAUGAAACCUUUUGCAUUUUAUUCGGGAGAGCUUCAUCAAAAAGUUGAUCUAUUGGUAUGAGGGACAAAUGAAAAUUGCAUUGUUGUAGGCGGAAAAUGCAUUUUACAAAGUGCAUAUCAAAGUCUUCACAAAAUAAAAAUUCACAACUUGGAAAAUAAUCAUGGAAAUGAGUUCAAUUUUCAUAUUCGGAGAAUUUUGAGGUCACUAAACAAGAAUAUAGGGUCGGCGAAGCUGUAAGAGGUACCUGGUACCAGGAAUCUACGUCAUCUCCUGGAGUUUUAUAGAAAUUCGUUAUGAAAAUAGUUCAAAUUUAUUAUCUCAGGGUUUUGAGUUCGCUGAACACGAAUAUUGCAACGAAGAUGCUAUACGAGAUACCUGGUGCCUUGUUUCUACGUCGUCUCCGGGAAUUUUAUGAAAAUUCGUAAAAAAAUUGUUGAAACUUGUUAUUCCGGGAUUUUUAAGGCAACUCUAAGGAUACUUUUAAUCAUGUACUUGAGGUUCUGACAUCUCUAUAUCUCGAUUUUUAUUUCAUAAUUUGAGCUAUGAACUACACCAUCUUACUGUUGUUACUCACUGUUGAAUUUUAUAUCGAAUUUCUAUAAAACUCCAGAAGACGAAGUAGAGUCCGGGUACCAGGUAACUCAUACUCAUACAGCAUUUUCCAUACAAUAUUUAUUGCAAAACUCCAGGAGAUAAUAUAGAUAUCUACCAGGUACCUCGUACAGCAUCGCCGAAGCAAUAUUCGUGUUCAGCGACCUCAAACACCUCGGAAUAACAAGUUUCAAUGAUUUUCAUAAUGAAUUUCUAUAAAACUCCAGGAGACGACGUGAAUACCAGGAUACCGGGCACCAGGUACCUCUUACAGCUUCGCCGACCCCAUAUUCCUCUUCAGCAACCUCAAAACCCCCGAGUAUAAAAAUUGAACUCAUUUCCAUGAUUAUUUUUCGAGUUGUGAAUUUUUAUUGUUUAACAACGUUUGUUUUAUUGUCCGUUUAUAAUAAUGCAAUUUUCAUUUGUCCCUCAUGCCGAGCAUUCAAUAAUUUUCCUAAAACUCCCUUGAAUAAAACGCAAAAGGUUUCAUAACGUAAUGCUUUAUAUCCUCGUCUAUAGGAAAAUGUAACUUGUUUUUCACAAACAAUACAAAAAAAAUUUAGUGUCCAAGCCAACCCCUCCCAGAAGAAAAUUCUGUGCGCCACUGUGUAUACCAAAUGUUGAUAUUAUUUUGGGCGAAUAGUCAUUGUCAAUGAACACUUGAUGGAAUACUAAAACUUAGACUAGAAUUCUGCAGGUGUCUUUAAUGUCGGUUUUAUUGUUGAUAUAGGUUGAUUGCUUUUUAAAAUGUGCAAUGUCCAAUAUAAACGUUUUCUUAUCAUUGAUUCUCUUUCCAAAAUUUCUAGAUUUUUAAAAUCUUUCUUACAAUUUUGCAUGUGUCAAAUGCUUUUUCAAAAUCAACGUAACGAACAUACACAUCUACAAUCAUAUCCAUACAUCUUUGAGGUAUCAUAUUACAAGCAAAUAAUUCUCUGUAUCCUAGUCUGUUUCUGAAUCCCAACUGACUAUCAUUAUUCCUUCUUCCAGUUUUUUAUUUGUAUUAUUUGUAUUAUUUUCAAAAAUAAUUUGAAUACAUGGCUUAUUAAUGUUAUUGUUCCAAAUUCACUGCAGUCUUUAGCGUUUGUGUUAAGGGUAUAGGCACAAAAUGUCGCCUGUCAAAAUGUUCAACGUGUUUUAAAUAUAUUCAUUUUUUUUAAUCCUGAAAAAACUGAUAAGUAGAUAUUUUAAAAAAAUUUAAACGCAGAAUAAAACAUUACGUUAUUACCGAGGGCCUAAAGUCCCAGAAAACUUCUAUAAUGUUUAUUUUGAUAAGUUACUGGGGUGACAGAAACUUUUUGGUUAUUCUAAGGGACUUUCGGCCUUCGGUAAUAAUGCAAUCUAUCAUUUUGCUUUUAAAUUUUUCAAAAAUAAUUAUUAGUUUUCUCAGGAUUGGAAAAAAAUGAAUAGAAUAAGUACAUUUAAAACACAUAACAGAAUAUGAAUAGCGCAAUAAACAUGUCUUGUAUAUUGUGCUAAACAAGUCUACUAUAAUAUCUUUGGUUUCAUCAUUUACUACGCAUUUUAAACUUUCUACUGGGAGUUGGUCUGGACUUAAUUUUUCGUAUUCAAAACUAGUUUCCCAUUUGCAUCUUUCAUUAUUCUCGGUUUUCUUUUUCUAUUUUUGUGAGUUAAUUCUUUAUUUUUUUUGUGUGUGUUAAAGCUAUCGUGUCUUUUCUGUAAUUUCUCUAUUUAUAUGCAUUGCCCUUUUAACCAUUCUUCUUUCGCUUGCUUAAUUUUAUAUUUUAUUUGUUUCUCCACUUUUUUGCACAUCUGAUUAUCUUUAUUUUUAUGUUGUCGUCUUUCUUGCAUUAAAUCUAACAUGUCCUCCAUCAUUUAUUGUUUCUUUUUGUAUCUGAUUGGUGUCUUUUACCUAUCUCUGUCUUUUUUUAAUGAGUUUAUAAAAUAAUUUUCAAUGGCUUCGACUCUGGUCUAUAUCGGCUAAAACGAUUAAUUUUAUUUACAGUUUAUUAACAUUUUUUCGAUGGUAUGAAUUCUAAAAGAACUGUAUUAAAAUGUGUGAUGUUUUUUAUCAUAUUUUCAUAUUUUUAAAAUUAGUUUAUGUUUUACAUCAUUUUGUAAUAAAAACCGAUUUACUUUAGCGAGUAUAUAAACCUCAAAUGAGUCAGUGUUUGUUUUAAUUGAUAAAGUUCACCAAUAACUCCAAGUUAAAAAAUGUAUAUAAUAUUUUUCGAAAUGUAAAUAGAACACUGAUAAACAGAUUUCCGCUACGAUCUCUUUUUAGUUUUUAAGGAAAAUUGUGUUAUAGAAAAAAAUACUAUAAUUAGCAAAAUGUUAUCGACUGACUGUAAUAUUAACAUUUUCUAGUCUAUCUAGUCAUUAGACAUAUUUAAAGAAAAUUUCUAGUCACACCUAGUCGUUUAUAUAUUUAUUAUUAUUUAGUUACUGUUCUAGUCAUUUGCUACCUGCAAUACAACUUUUGAUAAAAACCUAGUUUUUCGUUUUUUCUAGUCCUCUUCGAUAAAUUUAUCGAAAAGAAUGACAAAAAGACAAAUUAAUACAAAGCUUUUAAAUGCUUUUCUUUAGAAAAUAAAUCAUAUUUUACCACAUAUCAAAUGCACUUCUCCAAGAAAUUAAGGCACCACCUUAAAAAUUGCCCAUUUUUGAUGUCUCGAAUUUCCUAAACCUGCUGUCCGAUUAAAGUGAUUUUUUUUAACAUGUUAUAGCCCUAUUUUUUAACAAUAUCGCUGUAAUAAUAUGGUUGCAAGGCAGGUAAAUUGUCAUUGUAUACCUAGUACGUUCUUUAACGGUAAAAUAUUGCAAAACCUCUAAAUUUUAAAGAACCGCUUGGAUUGACAUGAAAUUUGGCAUACACAUAGUUAACAAGUCAAAAAAAAGUGAUAGUGUGGCGAUGUGUGCUUUUGCCCUGGGGGUGAGUUUCACCCCUUUUCGGGGGUAAAAAGUAUAUGUCCAAAAUAAGUUCGGAAUUCGAUAAACUGACUAAUUCUAAACAGCUUUGGCUCUAUAGAGUUUUUUUCACUAAGUCAAUACUUUUAGAGUUAUUUGCGAGUGAAUUUGUUUAUUUAAAGAAAAUAACCACGUUUUUAGACGGUUUUUCUCAAAUAACUCAAAAGUAAGUAUUUUGUCGAAAAAAAUAUUCUUAAUAAAAAUAUAGUUUAUAAAAAAAUGAAAAAAAUGGUGUACCUAUAUAUUAAGUCUGUAUACCCAGCACAAGCAAAGUUGUAGAUAAUGAAAAGUAGAUUCUUAUUCGUCAAAUUCCAAAUCGAAUAUUUCAUCGAGAAAUAACCAAAAAACGGAACACUUUUCGGGGAAAACUCAUUUCAAAUUUUUUAAAGUGUUUAAAAAAAGGUUUAUUUUUGUUUUUUAAAAAACUUCUAACCUUAAAAGUAAGUGAGUUAUGCUCAAAAUAUUGUUGGUACCUUUUAUUCUUUAGUAAAAAGAAUGACGAAAAGCACCCCCUAAUUAGCAUAUCAAAUAAAAUUAAUCGUUACCGCUUCACAAGUUACUUUGCUUAUUUAUUCUUUAUACGAUCUGUAAGUCUCAGCGGUUCAAAGUGCUUAUUUUUGAAAAGGCUGUAGUUAAAAUGGCUUGAACGAGUCACUAAUUCCGAGUGUAUGCAAACUUUGAACAGCCAUAGCAUAACCGAUUUUUGUCUAACAGGAAAACAAAAAGUCCAAAAUAUUCAGAAAAACAAAACGUACAUUUUAUUACUUCUUGAGAUUUUUGGUAUUACUAAUAAUUUUUAAGUUAUUUAGAAAAAAAGCAUUUUUUCAAAAUUAAGAUUUUAAAAUUUUUAUUUUAAAACCAUUUUUUUUUCAAAAAUAAGCACGUUUAAUCGAUGAAACUUAUAGAUCAUAUAGACACAACAUAAAUAAAGCAACAUGUGAAGCAAUAACGAUUAAUUUUAUUUAAGUUGUUAAUUAGGGGGUGAUUUUCCCGAUUUUUUUAUGCCAAAUCAAAACGGACCAACUGUAUUUUGAGCGUAACUUGCUCACAUUUGAUGAUAGAAAUAUUUUUUUAUAAAAAUGGACAUAAAGCUUUUUAAACUCUUAAAAAAAGCUGUAAUGAGUUUUUUCCAAAAAGGGCUUCAUUUUUUGUUUAUUUCACGUUGAAAUAUAUUUAUUUGAAGUUUGACGAGUAUGAACUUAUUUUUCUUUAUCUAUAACUCUGCUUCUACUAGGUCUAGAGACUUCAUGUAUACACCAUUUUUUUCACUUUUUUACAAGAUAUACUUUUGCUAACAACGGUUUUUACGAUAAAAUACUUACUUUUUGAAUUAUUUGCGAAAAAUUUUCUAAAAACGUGUUUGUUUUGUUGAAAAAUGAACAUAUUCACUCGCAAAUAACUCGAAAAGUAUUGACUUAGUGAAAAAACUGUAUAGAAUAAAAGUUGCUUAGAAUUAGGCAUUUUAUCGAAUUUCGGACUAAUUUUGAACGUAUGUUUUUUCUUUGACAUGCUGGCUAUGCGUAUGCCAAAUUUUAUGUCAAUCUAAAUGGUUCUUUAAAAUUUACAGCAAAAACCCUCAAAUAAUGUACUAACUGCGUAUACUAAUCAAAAUGUGUUUUUUCGUCAAAGUUCAACACACCCUGUAGAAUAUUCUAGCAUUUAUAAAAUAUUGAAAUUAAAACCCAACUAUAGCCUCAUGUUUUUUUAACAUUCUGUUUUUUUAUUCAUUCGCUUAUGUCGGACAGUAAAAAAGGUACUUUAACAACUAGCUUUGUUUUUAUCAAUACAGGGUAUUUUCGAAUAAGUAUGGAAAACUUUAAGGGAUAAUUCUGCAUGAAAAAAUAAUGAUAGUUUGCUUUAUAAUCGUAUGUCCGUAAAUGCUUCGUUUCCGAGAUAGGUGGUAUUGAAUUUUUUUUACAAACUGACGAUUUAUUUAUUGCUCUAAAAGCGGUUGAGAUAUGCAAAUGCAAUUUGGUGGGCUUUAUAAGGUAAUUAUUGUGCAUUUUUUGACACACAUUUAAGAAUUUUAUGUUCACCAUUGGCGCACAUAUUACCCGUCAUAUUACCCGUAUGCGCGCCAAUGGUAAAUAUUAAAAUUCCUAAUUGUAUAUCAAAAAAUGCGUAAUAACUACCUCUUAAAACCCACCAAAUUUCAUUUGCAUAUUUUAACCGGUUUUAUAGCAAUAAAUAAAUCGUCAGUUUGUGAGAAAAAUUUCAACACCUCCUUUCUUGGAAACGAAGCAUUUGCAGACAUACGUUUAUAAAGCAAACUGUCAUUAUUUUUUCAUGCAGAAUUAGCCCUUAAAGUUUGCCAUACUUAUUUAAAAAUACCCUGCAUUGACGAAAAACAAGGCUGGUUGUUACCUAACGUUCCCUAACUUUUUUAUUAUCCACAUAAACGAAUGAAUCAAAAAAUAAAAUGUUAAGAAAACAUGAGGCUAUAGUUGGGUUCUAAUUUUAGUAUUGUAUAAAUGCUAGAAUAUUCCACAGAGUCACGCAAACUUUGAGAAAAAAUCAGUUUGAUUGGUACACCCGGUAUACAAUGACAAUUUACCUGUCUAGUAACAAUAUUAUUACAGCGAUAUUGUUAAAGAAUAAGGGUAUAACAUGUUAAAAAAAUCACUUAAAUGGGACAACAGUCUUAGGAAAUUCGAGACAUCAAAAAUGAAGGUGGGUAGUUAAUUUCUUAGAGUAGUCUUACAUAUUAUCCUGUGUUGAUGAUCUAGUCAUUUAUUUUAAGAAGGGUGUAUUAAUUACCAAACGUAACAUACAUAGUAUGUAUAUUGUUUCUAGUCAUAUCUAGUCCAUUACUUCAGCUAGUCAUUCCAAAAUAGCAUUAGUUAGAAUCUAGUCGAAAAGAUCUGAGAUCUAAUAAUUUUAGUUUUUUUAUGGGCAUUAAAUUAACAUGAAUCCUAUUGUAUGUUUUUAUAAAAUCUGAAUGUUAUUAUAAGGUACCUACGUAUAAUUUUCAAUUUUCUUUCCUAAAUUUGAAAUUUUUACAAAAUUUUAAUAUUACUGGAAACCUUCGUUGAAACUAUUGUGAUAUCUAUUGGCAGGCAUAUUAUUAUAAAUUUAAUAACACUAUAAUAAUACACUAUAUUUUCAAAAUAUUAAGAUAAUUCUUAUUUUAUAUUAUUUAUUAAUUUAAAAAUCAUUCAUAGUUUCUAUAAUUGGCGAACGGAUUUAGUGUCCGUAGUUAUAUAAACAAACAAAUUUUUAUAACUCCUUUAUCAAUUUUUAUAGAAAACAUAGCUGGAUUCAAUUUAUAUUUUAGAAUUGUAAGAUUUUUCCACGCAGUGGGACAAGAAUACGUUACAGGGAUACUUGUAAGAUAUUACAUUCAUCGUGUCAAACCAUACAGCAUAAAAUUAACAAUUACAUAUACAUAUUAUGUACAACCAGCUAUACAUACUAGGUGGAAAGCUAGUAAAAAUGCCAAUUAUCUAUUAAAUCACAUAAUAUCAGUUUCCGCACAAAUAUUUAUUUGUUCUAAUGAUUUAUAAAGAAAUAUAAAUACAGAGUGGGCCAAAGAAAACAAUCCACCUCGAUAUUUGGCAGUAUUUAUUAGAUUUUAAGGAAAUGACGAAACAGGUCAAUUUUUGAUCCAAGGCACAUUUUUACGUUACAUACAUCUGUCAUUUGUCAACCCACUCCCUGCCAUUUCCUCCACCCCUUAUUUUUAAAUAGGGGUCGUGUGCUACCUCAUUUGAAAGGUUAUUCAAUUCUCUGUUCAGUAAUAUUAACAUUGACAUAAUUAUUUAUACAGGGUGUCCAAGAAAAAUUAUUUUGAAUUAAAUUAAUUGACACAAAAAGAAGAAUGUAUGCAAUUUAUUUAACUCAAAAUACAUUUUACUACUGACAGAAAACAGAGAAAAAUGUUUAUUUGACAAAUAAAAAAAAUAAAUAUUUGAUAAAUAAAAUAAAUUUGAUAAAUAAAUAUUGUUUUUCGCUUAAAUUCAAUAUUCAACCUACCAAGAGGCAGAUGGGUGGCAGCUUAAACAUUGGAAUUAUGCGAAAUGCAAUUUAUUUAUCAUGGCUUUUUUCUGUUUUAUGACAGCAGUAGAAUGUAUUUUGAAUUAAAUAAAUUACAUACAUUCUUCCUUUUGUGUCAAUUAAUCUAAUUAAAAUAUUUUGUUCUUGGACACCCUGUAUAAACAGUUAUAGUUUUACAGUUAUAAGGUUAAUUGAAUAACCUUUUAAAUCAGCUGGCACACGACCCCUAUUUCCUGUUUAAAAAUAAGGGGUGGGGGAAGUGGAAGGGAGGGAGUUGAUAAAUGACAUAUGUAUGUACCGUAAAAAUGUGUCCCCCUUAGAUCAAAAAUCGACAUGUUUCUUCAUUUCCUUAAAAUCUAAUAAAUACUGCCAAAUAUCGAAGUGGACUGUUUUCUUUGGCCCACUCUGUAUAUCUAUAGGUACCAAAUAUAGUCUGUUCGCUAAACUCAGACGCAACUUUCUAGAUGUUUUAGUCGGUAAUUUUACCAAUUUUAGUAAAAUUGGCAAAAAAUAAUUACUAAAUAGUUAAUAAUCACUAAUUAGUUAGUAAUUUUGCCAAUUUUUGCAAAAUUGGCAAAAAACAAAAAAAUUAUCGACUAAAAUAUCUAGCCAGUUGCGUCUGAGUUUAGCGAAACGACUAUAUCUAUCCAUGAAUCUUUAUUAAACCAGUUGGCUCUAUUUUCAAUUCCAACGGGAGUGUUGCGAAAACAAUAACAUGUCUAAUCGUACAACGUAUAAAGAUCCCGGAUGAGGUGUAGACAUUCUUCGUUGAACACGUCCUCCGCUGUAUUUAUGUGAAACUUAUUUUGAAAAGGAAGCUGUUAUUAAUUGGUUAAUAAAAAGAAAGAAAACGCAGUCAGUUUAGUAGUGACCUGGACAACUUCUUUCAAUAAUCUUCUGCUCAUCAUCAGAUCUCCAAAAGGGUUACUAAUCCCCAAAAAAAGAAAUUACAGUUGUGUCAAUUCAUAAGUUAUGGCAAUAUGAAAUCAAUAUAUCAAAUGUAGGUAUUUGGUUUUUAUGAAUAAUAUUUUGAACAACAUUCUUUUCGUUUACCGAUCAUUAACUGGUUUUGCUACAUGAUCUGCUUAGUUCUAUUUUAGUGUUGUUAUUCUUUCAACAACGUCUGAUUCUUCUUCUUAAGUAUAUUCCUUAAGUAGAAAAACCUUAAGUAGAAAAAGUAUAUUUCCCACAAAUAGUUUCUUGCCUUAUUAACCCUUAUCAUUGACCACAUUCUGCAACUGCAAUUUUUCUUUUAGCGGUUUAGUUACCUUAUUGGGAAUCAGACGAUGGGAAGAAAACUACAGUGUUGAAAAUCUGUCAUCCACCUGUCAUCAUCGUUACUGUUCAAUUGACUGUGAUUAAGUAUUUUUUUGUAUAUUAACCAAUUUAGAAAUAAACUCACACCAUUGGAAUUUAGAAUAGUUUAAUUACGAAUUGGAAUUUUUCGAAAAGUAGGUACCGUAGAAAUACAGGUAUGGUUCUUAUAUUAAAUGCUGUAUGGUACUUUUUAGUUGAUAAUAAUUAGUUAUGUAGUAAAAGGUGAUAUUAACUUAUAAGAUUAACGAUAAAAAAAUGAAUAUUAUAUACGAAAACAAUAUGGAUUUACAUUUUCAGUAUUACACGUUUUGGUUUCGCAACAAUAACAAAAAAAUAUUUUAUUUAUUUUACGAAUCUCCAAAGAUGCAGUUGUAUCUUCUCUUCUUCGCGUGGCUGAUCAUUUAAAGACUUGAUUUUUGAUAUAAUUUUUUUCAGAUUUUGUUAAGUAAGCCCAGAAACAGACGAGCCACUCUGCAGCGCUACUCUGUGGCGCCACAAAGUAGCUUCCGAUGAUUAGCCGUAAAUUAAACGUGCCAUUCCACACGAGCGACAGUGGCCAGCCACUGUCGCCGAUCCUCGCUUCUAGUGGCGUCCACUACAAAAUUGUUAGCGCUACAAAAUCGCCUGUCUAAGCCACUUUGUGGCGCCAAAGAGUAGCGCUGCAGAGUGGCUCGUCUGUUUCUGGGCUAAAAUCGAAUUUUAAAUUACUUUAUCUUGUUUUCGUGUACAAUAUUUACUUUUUUAUGUAGAAAUAAAUUUUUAGUGUUAUCCAAAAUGAAAACAUGUCGUAUCAUUGAAGUUCCUGCUAAUAAAAUAAUGUGUGUAAGACUAAAAAAAGUGCUCGCACAAUUUCUUCUAUGUAAUUACGUAAGUUUAGACUAUUAUAAAGUGCGGGCAAGGGAACAAGUUUGCAAUACGCUCCAAGCGGCAGCUUACCACACUCAAAACCAAAAUUUUAAAGUGAAUAUCUGCCAUAUUUAUAUAAAAAAAGAUUAUAAUGGGAUAAUGUGCCAGUUCUAGUCAUAAUCUAGUCAUGUGUUAUCACUUAAGUGGCUAAGAGUAUCUCGAAUAUUCUGUAUGAUAGGAAACUGUAUGCUCCACUCACCCCCAAAUUUAAUUUAACUCGUAGAUGCGUACGCACUUCGCACUGAGUGUUGAAAAAGCCCUAGUGUUCAUCCGGCUCGAAGGACCAAUGAAGCUUACGCUUGUAAUAUAGUAAAUAUAAUAACUCUUAGUUCGUAUAAUAUGUCUCUUUCAAUAUCCUUCUUCCAGAUGGUUCUAGGCCUACCUUUCUUCUUAUUUUCUCCUAUUCCUUCCAUUUAGUGCCUUUUGGGCAGUCUCGUAUUUGGCAUCCUUUGGAUAUGUCCGACCAUCUCCGUAUUUAUGAUUUUAUGAUCCCUACGAUAUUUGGUUCUCCAUAUAUCUUCUCUAAUUCUACAGUCUUUUUAUUUCAUAUCUUUAAAUUAAUUUUAUUAAUUUCUAUAUUUCAUUUAAUUUAAUUCCAUUCCAUUCCAUAGCUUUCCUCCAAAUAUUUUCCUGAGGAAUAUUCUCUCCCACAUUUGGAGCAUGACUUGUUAGGAUUUGUUCAUCGUCCAUGUUUUACUGGAAUAUAAUACUAUAGGUUUUAUCACUGUAUUAUAUAUUCUUAUCUUAUCUUAGCUCUUCUAGAUGUUUUUUACUUCUUAGUAACUUGUUGAGAGCAAAGAUACAACUAGCUGUUACCAGCCAUAAUUCUCGCUUGAAUUUCUUCCUUCAUAUUUGGUUUAAUGGUUAAUGUUGGUUCUAGGUACUGGAAUCUUUCUACUUCUCCGAAUAUAGGUAUAUUUUUUUCUUUCUGUCCUUCUGUGAUUAUUGUCCGGUAUUGUCUUUGUAUGUAUUUUCAUUCUGUCCAUUCCAUAUAUUUGGUCUUUUCUUCGUUUAUGUGUAUGGUACUAUGUUAUCUGCGAUUUCUUAGCAUUGGUGUUUUUGUGGAUACAUAAGGUCUUGAAAAAUUAUUUCAAGAAAGAUACCGAACAACAGUGAUGACAGUGGGUCCCCUUGUCGCCCCUUUUCACUGACUUCAAACUGAUAUGUUUCUUUUCCAUUUAUUUUAACAAUAUUCUCUGUUUUUCCGAGUGUUACUUUUAUCAUUCUUACUAAUUUUUCACUAAUUCCUAUUUCACGUAGUGCCUUGUAUAUUUCCUUCCGUUGUACUCUGUUAAAAGCUUGUUGAGAGUCGAUGAAUAGAGCCACUGUAGCUUUCCCAUAUUCGUAGCUUUCUGUUAUAUUUCCUAAAAUAGUAACUAUUCUAGAUUAUCUUAACCACUUUAGCCUAGGAAGAAAUAUGUAUUAUGUAGCUUUGAAAAGCUUGAUUUUUCUUUCUGCCUUCUUAGCUAGUAUAUUUUUGUACAGUAUUAUAAAGAAAUGUAUAAAAUAGAUUAAAAAUCUAUAAAGCGAGUGUUUCUAGUCAGCUUGUACCUAUUCAAUAUAUUCUAGUCAAUAUAUGAAUAAUUAUAUAUAAGUGUAUAGAUUUAACUAAGCCUUAAGCAAUCUUUAAAUUAAAAAUUAUUUAUUAUAAAUCUGCUUUUAUAGUUAAAGUGAAUCAAUAUUAUAUUUCAACUGUGCCUAAAAUGAAAAUGCCAUGUUAAGAUACUGAAGAUCAGACCGCUUUUAUAUAAAAUAUAAAAGAAUAAUGUAUAAAUGCUUAGUUAAACAUGGCAAUGUGAUCUUUUAAAUUAUAAGCUUAACGAUCUGUCAGUAACCAUAUUUUGUUAAAUUUUGAUUCUAAUUAUUCGUGACAAUUUCCUCCUUUCCAAAGAUCAUUGUGACCUUAAAUGAAUACCUGUUGAAAUAGCUAAAAAAAUUUGUUUAAAUAAAGAUAACCUCAUUAAAUGAUGGUGUGAUGUAAAGUUAAAAGGUGAAAUGCCUAUUUUAUAAACCCUGUACUACGUUCAAACCCAAGAUAAGCUAGAGGCCAGUUUCAAGCGUCGCGUAGCUAAUCUUGUAGCUAAAUAACUAAACUGUUUUUCAAACAGUGUUGCCAAAUUUCACUCAAAGAAGUUGUUUCUGAUUCACUUUGACGUAAAAAGGUUUUACUGAUGUUUCAAGUACCUUAUAUUAUUUUUAAGAAAAUUGUCAGUUUUAUAGCUUUAAUAGAUAUAUAUUUAAAAAAAAUUGUAUUAUAUUGUAACAUAAUAAUUUCUUUACUUUAGUCAUUGUAAAUUGUAUAUAAAAUGUACAGAACAUAGUAUAUUAGAAAUUGUAAUG